CCGCCCCUUCAGCCGACGUCACCCGGGCUCCGCAUCUGCUGCAGUCGCUGCGGGGAGGAGGCGGCGGCGCGAGCGCGGCAGAGAUGGCGUCCGCUACUGACUCCCGCUAUGGGCAGAAGGAAUCCUCGGACCAGAACUUCGAUUACAUGUUCAAGAUCCUGAUCAUCGGCAACAGCAGCGUGGGCAAAACCUCCUUCCUGUUCCGGUACGCCGACGACUCCUUCACGCCCGCCUUCGUCAGCACCGUGGGCAUCGACUUCAAGGUCAAGACCAUCUACCGGAACGACAAACGCAUCAAGCUGCAGAUCUGGGACACGGCCGGGCAGGAGCGGUACCGCACCAUCACCACCGCCUACUACCGCGGGGCCAUGGGCUUCAUCCUCAUGUACGACAUCACCAACGAGGAGUCCUUCAACGCCGUGCAGGACUGGUCCACCCAGAUCAAGACCUACUCCUGGGACAACGCCCAGGUCCUGCUGGUGGGGAACAAGUGUGACAUGGAGGACGAACGUGUGGUGUCCUCGGAGAAGGGACGCCAGCUCGCCGAGCACCUGGGGUUUGAGUUUUUCGAGGCCAGCGCCAAGGACAACAUCAACGUGAAGCAGACCUUCGAGCGGCUGGUGGACAUCAUCUGCGAGAAGAUGUCGGAGUCCCUGGACACGGCCGACCCCGCCGUCACCGGCGCCAAGCAGGGCCCCCAGCUCACGGACCAGCAGGCCCCCCCCCACCAGGACUGUGCCUGCUAGGGGCCAGCCCCCCGCCCCAAAACCCCCCCAAAAACCGGUCAGUGCACCCCAACCCCCCCCACGAGCUCCUCCUCGCGGGGGUCCCGCGGGGGCUUUUGCUGCUGAUGUCUCCCAAAGGGCUGCGGCCCCUCUAGGAGCCCCCCACCCCAAUUCAUUAGGCUAUGCCCCCCACCCCUUAAUUUAUUUUUAAGCCUGGGCUGGUAGAAAACUCCUCCCCCUCCUCCUCCAUUCUGCUUUUAAUCACUGUCAAGGAACCAUCACCCCCAGCCCCAUUUCCCCUGGUGAGCCCCCCUCCCCUGUCCUGGCACCCCUUGUCUGGAGACCCCCUGUCCUGGGGAUCCCCCUACCCUGGUAUCCCCUGUCCUGGUAUCCCCUGUCCUGGGACCCCCUGCCCAUUUUCCUGUCCUGGGACCCCCUGUCCUGGGGAUCCCCCUGCCCUGGGACCCCCUUCCCAGCGUGUGGGUGCUGUGACAGGACCCCCAAAUCCCCCUCCCCACUCCACGCCACCCCGCGUGCCCCCUUUGCCCCCCGAGCUCCUGGUGCAGGGGGCUCUUUGUGCCCGGCUUUCCUGCCCCUCCAGCUGGAUGGAUAUUUCCUGACUCUUGUUUAUUUGUAUAAAUAGAUGCUAAUUUAUGCUCCCGCCGUCUUCCUCCUUGUACAUACAGAAAUUCCUUGUAAAUAGGCGUAGGAAGUGACGCUGUGCGCGUGACCUGCUGUGCUGUGGCCGUGGUGGUGCAUUUAUAUAUAUAUAUAUAUAUAUAUUCUGAUUUUUUUUUGGUUUUGUUUCUCUCAGUGUGGUAACCUUGCUUGUGAAUAUCACUUUUAAAGAAAAAAAACCCACCAAAAAAAAACCAAACCCACCCCACCUCCCCCCCACACACAACCCAACGACGACAAAACUGUUAUUAUUUCAAUAAUGAGAUUUCAAAUGAAAAAUUCGUUCAAUAAUCAGCCAGGCCGAGCCAGCUGGAACAGAUCAGCCCCAGUUUGGGCUCGUGGGGGGGGAGCAGGGCUGGGACCGUGGCUGCUUUGCUCCAGGGAUUUGGGAUCUCGUGUUCCUGUAGUUCUGUGCUUCUGUGGAGACUGUGAAUAAGUGGAUAUUCCCGUAGCCAUAACAGAGCUGCCCUUUAUUUAUUUUUCCUGGAGCGCUGUGUCUUUAUUUUACAGGUUUCCCUCUAUUUCCCCCCACCAUGAUUCCAUCUCCCUCCCCUUCCCCCUCCCCUCCUCUUUUUUGUGAAGUUUACUUAUGGAAGAGUUACACUGUACUGUACAAAUGUCAAAAGUGUCAAAAAGAGUACAAUUUCCUAAAAAUCACUGUAUUAAAAGAAAUGUUGUGAAGAAAUAAACCAAUGCUGAUCAGAA